UUAACAAAAAAAAAACACCCACGGCCACCCAGUCUUUCUGUGGUGUGCUACCUAAACAGCAUAGCAGGAAAACGAGUACGUUAGUUUGUAUGUAGGGGAUUGUUCGGGCUGACAGCGUAGACUCCCUUGAAAUAAAUGUUUGUUGCAUACAUGUAUCAUACAUGGUGAUGUUACGCUAAUAUGUACUCAGACUUAUAUUUCAGAUAACUGGAUGUUGCGUUUUUCUUAUAUGAAAGGUAUGUAUCGUUAUCCACAUUAGUUAUAUAUUUAAUUCAGCAAACAGGCAAAUGUAUAGAAGUGUUAACUGCAGAAUUUUUACGUGGUGUGGUUGCACGAAAUUUGAUAACUGAAACUGAACUCAGAUUGGACAAUCGCGAGUUUUACUCCCAUGAAAUGUAACCCCCAUUAUACAGUAAGUAGUGUGAUACAUAUUUUAUUAAAGAUAUCUUAUGUUUAAUUUAGCACAGAUUCACAUAAUAUAAAAACAAAUCUAGCAUCAAAGAUUUAUUUGUUUAAUGCCAUUGCAAAUGCAUGGUUUCCAGCCUUCCCAAUUAAAGGGGGAUAUCGCUAUUGUUGUCCCUUCUAAAAUUUGUAACAUUGCUGCAAAGUCACUUAGCUAAGUUUUGAGUGGCCAUUUGUUGAAGGAGCAAUAUCGAUGAGGAUGGAAUCAUGUCAUAGAAUAAAUCUUACUUAAUUUAUGAAAUAUUGUAUUGAUUUUGUACAAUGCAUUGUUAAUGAGAUAUAUCAUAAAUAAAAUAUCUUAAUACUGUGUCAGAUAUCUAAUUGAGUAUAGUUAACUUGCCAUGAGCCAAAUUCUAUAUAGAGCAGCGAUUAAAUAUUGAAAUGUACCUUAAUCUUCUCAAGUCUAAAUUACAUUCAGUCAGACGUUUCACUCCGGAUUGUUACUAUGACGAUCUUGGCCUCGGCACGAGAGGGUCCUGCAGUGAUGACGUGAACGGGGACGUAUAUCAGAACUCAACCUUACUUAAAUGUCAGAGUAUCUGCGAUUCCACACCAGGCUGUCAAGGAAUGACAUUUCAAGAGGAUCUUCGGAUCUGCCAACUCCAUGUGUGUUCUGACGGAUACAUGAUAGCUAACAAUAGUCUGACCUCCUUUUAUGCAAGGCGCUGUGAGCCUUACAACCAAUUUUUCACUGCUGGAACAAGAACAAGAGCGACCUGCUUACACUGGCCGAUGAUUGACAUGUUUCAAGUUUCUACCCAUCUUGACUGUCAGAUUGCGUGCUUCCGAUUCAGCAAUUGCCAUGGAGUCACUGUCAGGCCUUCACGGAAAUGGAAUUGCUUUUUACAAGCAUGCAACGAAUCCACUUAUUUUGAUGACGCCGACAUGUCUUUCUACUCCAAAAACUAUACAGGUACUGGCUUUACAGGUCACGGCUCGUCCAGAGUUGGCAAGUGUAGACCUUUGAACUCUGAAGUUUUGGGGCUCGAUAUAAAUGAGUGUGCUGCAGAAUGUUUAAAUACGGUGGAAUGCCAAGGAUUUUCCUCCGUAGGACAGAGGCUAUCAUGUGAUUUUCACUCUUGUGGAAGCUAUAUGAAUAUGACCGGCUAUGGCAAACAUACGUUUUAUUCGAGGACAUCGAAUUCAACUGCCAUUUCCUCAUCAAAAGAUCCAACACUUCCGAACGAGACUUCUAUUCUUGAAAUAGACUAUACCCAGUACAAUGUUACAUGCGACUUCCUACCGACAACGAGUUUAAGUGAGACGUGUUCGCCAAUUGAUGAAGAAAUGGUGGGGGUGUUUGAGGAAAACGAAUGUUUCCACUUAUGUGAAAACACCUCGGACUGCCAAGGGGUGACUUUGCGCAGUGCUGGUAUGACAUGUUACCUGCAUUUUUGUGAGCAAUCUGUAUAUACACCUAAUACCAACCUUCGUUUUUCUUCAAAACAAGUGGUGAGAAACUGCACAUAUAUAUCGAAGGGUCCAAAGACAGGUCUAGACUGCGCUUAUCUGUCGUCAUCAUCAUCCUCACUUCCACAGUGUCAGGACACGUGUUCCCAAAACACUGCUUGUAAAGGUUUACAGUACGAUACCUCAAAGACACAAUGUCGACUGUCGAUUUGUAGUGAAUACAGAUAUAGGCAACACAUACCAGAAUCCACUUCAUUCUACUCCAACUCCUGUGAGGAUGUAACAUUUUAUGAAGAUCAAGGGAUACAGACUGCUGGAAAUUGUAGUUCAUUUGAAGUGAUACAAGUACGGUCAGACUAUGAAUGCAUAUCAUCAUGCACUUCAUACACACACUGUCUUGGUGUGACAUUAAACACGCAGAGGCUUGAAUGCUGGAGAUAUUCAUGCUUGCCAACAUCCCAGUCGACAUACAUUAACGGUUCAUCAUUCCUUAAAGUCUGCAGCAACAGUUCGGAUUACACAACCCAGUCGACUUAUUCUACAUUAGAUGGAUCAGUAUCACCAUCACCUGCGGCAGACAUAACGACUUCAAACUACGUCACGCAAUUUGAAUCAACACAACUGAAUCCUAUUCCAACUGUUACGUCAUCCGAGGAUCUCGUCAUGCUGAUGCCGUCGAUAGAAAGCACAGUUGAUAGCUAUUCUACACAUUUUAGCACUGAACUUCUUAGUUUGUAUGAUACAGCGACGUCAUUGAUAGAAAACUACACUGUGACAUCAGCCGAAAGCUGUAUUGAAAGUUCUUUUUAUUCCACAUCGCCUAUCCAUAGUUCUAGUGCCUAUGCCGAAAGCAUAAACACAUUAAAUUUUAUUCCUUCUACAACACUCAGCCCUUACCAGUCAGUCACAAACCAGAAUAUAACCUUCUUUCUUGGAGAUGUGUGUACCUGUGUCUGCCACCUGGAAUACAUAACCAUUGAAUCAAAGAUUAAGGACCUGGUAUCUUCCUUAAAAAUAGACGCAUCUAAGGUAUCUCGUUCUACCCGGAAACUGAUAUCAGUAUCAGACGAGCGUACUUCAUCUAAGUACAUUGGUACUUUAGGCGUGGUUUUACUUGCAAGCAUAGGCUUUGUUAUAGUGUUCAGUGAUUUAUCUGCAAUAUUUUGUCAACAUAAAGUCACUGUUUUAACGCCGACAUGUGACAAUCCUUAAAGUAUAUGGAGUCGAAAUAUCAAAAAUCUUUGCGAAUAUAUGUUAUCUGAAUAUCAAUUUUGAAAACGUUAUGAAAAGUGCGUUAUAUGUAUUAAAUAGAUUUGAAAUUGAAUAUAUAUAUAUAUAUAUAACAUUGUAACAAAACUGACGAAGGAAGACAACUUUAUGACUCGUGCCCUGACGGGGCAUCGAACUCACGAUCUACGGCACCAAAUAGCCUACCUAGAAAUACCUCUCUUUAUAAGCAUGGGGGCUUAAAGGUUACUUAAAUCUUAUUACACUGACAAAAACGGGACAAACGAGACACACAAUUACGUAUGAUUUUUAUCUUGAUGUAUAUAAACAAUGUAUAUCACCGACCCCAAAGGUUAGUGUAUUUGAGCUCUAUUUUGAAUAUCUUUGCAAUGUUAAAAGAUACAUGUAGGUGCGGAUUAAAACCGUUUACCUUUAUAAAAUUAUAACUAUAAUGCGUCGGAUAUCUGAAAAUCACUUGUUUCUUAACCGUUCACAUAAAUUUGUUUUUAGGGUCAUGCUAAAAAAAUAUGGAAAUAAUCACUGCCUUAACUUCUAAACUGUUUCUAUCAUGAUUGCAGAUUUGCAGUCGUACAAUACACGUCUAACUGUAACGAAAAACCGUCCGAAGUCUGUAUCUUCGACAGGAAAGCGCCGGUAACCAUACUAAUGUAAAAGCAUAUUGUUUGCCAUUUCUAUGCAAUUCAUGUUUAGAUUCUAUUCAGGUAAAGAAGUAAACGCAGACACUUUCUGUUCUCUGUUCUCAGUUUUAUGGUCUACAUCAUGAUUUCAUUUGCAAAUGUUUCGUUCCUUUGUUCUGUAGCCCUUGGGCGCUCGGGACAUGCAUGUGUCAACUACAUGUAUGUCCCGUGCGUGCAAGGACUCUUCUCAAACGUCAUCGUAUGAGAGAGGUUCGAUUGGAUGAGAGUGUUGCACGGACUUUUCGUCCUAUUCCCUGCACAUAUCAUUCCUGUUCCCCGCUCCCUGUUCAUUCUCCAUCAUGCCAUUGGACAGAGCAGACAACAUUGUAGCUAGCCCUGGUAAGUCUGUCUUCAUGUAUAUUUUAUAUAAAUGUAAAUUUCUAUUGCAUAAUUGUAACCGUGGUCGCGUUGUGUACUAUUGUCGCUUAAAUAUAUUGUAAUUGUUCCGGUCAAUGUACUACGUCCAUGUUAUAUGUUUUGUAGGUCUUUAUGCAUAAUAAAGAACCAAUAUACUGAACCUGGUGUUUCCUUGAAUUCCUCACCAACGGUUACAAAUGGCGCCCAACGUUUGAAGACCAGGGCAAACAAGCUAAAAGGCUAGACUCUAACGGAGCUGGCGGUACGAGUCCGGUCCAGGAGAAACCAGAAAUCCUGACAAUAGGAUGUUCCACUUCCGUUCCACGUUAGAAGGUCAAGGCCGUGGUUGUGUACUUCCGGUGGAGCAGAAUAACCACAGAAUCAACCCUGUGGGAAUCCGAAAAUAGGAGACUGUCGUUUCACGUAGCUCUAGGGAGACGAUUGACAUAGAAGAGCCGUGUUAAUGAUGUAUGUGUUUGUGUGUAAUAUGCAGCUGUCUCAAUCUACGGACGUUCCAGAGAAACAUUCCGAAUCAUAAACUGACUGUUCUAAUAUAGUGUAAGAUGUGCGGUUAGGUUUGGUGGUUUAGCUAUGUUUUUGGACACUGUUCGUUGUUUUUUCAUUUGAUUUAUUUCGUGUUAUUAUUGCAGCUUACCAGGGGUCAUUAUCAUCAUUAUCAUCAUCAUCAUCUAGAGAUUUUAUCACCUACAUUUCAUGUGCUUCAUCAUGACCGUAACUUGGCAUAAGAGCAUCCUCAUACUUAACUGUCAUCACCGGUGAGUAAGGUAAGUGUACGUGUGUAUAUUCAUACCUUGGCUUCUGGUAUUACAGAUGAGUGAAGGUAAGUUAGUCAAGUUUUUAGAUAAAGCUGUUGACCCUCCAGUAGCAUUGUCCAAGUUUCCAGUCCUUUUGUCUAGCAGUAAGGGGUUCUACUUAAGUAGGUAUCGUCAAUAUAUAAAGAAUUUAGGGCAUGACCUAGA